GCAUCGUCAUUUCCGGCUGAGUCUCAAUACCGCAGCGAUAAGCAUCGCUAAGAUGUAAAUGGAGAGGAGAGAUAAAAGUCUGACAAGACGGUUGUUGCGGGCGCCAACGGCGGUGGAAGACGCGCUUUCUCGUCAUCUAGUAAAGUAACAUUCUAUUUGAGAUAAUAACAUCGGCUUAUCCAGCAACUCUGUCAGCCAUUUUUUUUUAGCGAAUUCGAAUACGAAUGGCCGGAGAGCUUCGCGGGGCCCUUGGCCGGAGAGGGAGCGUGUUGCUCGGCCUGGCUCGGUCAGGCCUCCGCGGGCCACAAUGGCGGACUUUUAUCCUCAUUUCUGCUGCUGUUGGGGGACUCGUUGGACUGUCCUCCGCCGAGGCCAAAGAGUGCGACAAGCCGUGUGUGAACGGCCGGUGCGACCCGGUUAGCGGCAGCUGCGUGUGUGAACCGGGCUGGGUAGAGGAGCAGUGCCAACACUGCGGCGGCCGCUUCAGGCUAACUGGACCUUCUGGAUACCUGACAGAUGGACCAGGGAACUACAAACACAAAACCAAGUGCACAUGGCUCAUAGAGGGACAGUCAAACUCUAUUCUGAGGCUGCGCUUUGAGCACUUUGCCACCGAGUGCAGUUGGGAUCAUCUUUAUAUAUACGAUGGAGACUCCAUAUACUCUCCUCUACUGGCUGCAUUCAGUGGUCUGAUCGUUCCCGAGCAGUACAGCAACGAAACGGUUCCAGAGGUGGUGGCUGAAUCUGGCUAUGCGCUCCUCCACUUCUUCAGCGAUGCAGCUUACAACCUCACUGGCUUCAACAUCUCCUACAGGAUAAAUAUGUGUCCUAAUAACUGCUCAGGCCGCGGUGUGUGUCGUCUGGCUAACUCCAGUGACGUGGUGCAGUGCGAGUGUGAGGAAGGCUGGAAAGGAGAUGCAUGUGAUGUCCCUUACUGUGCCUCAAACUGUGGCUACCCCGUACAGGGUCGGUGCCAAAUGAGUGACAAACGCUGCCUCUGCAACCCUGGCUGGCAAGGCCCGGAUUGUUCAGUGUCAGUACCUGCUAAUGUUUCCUUUUGGACACACGAGGAGUUCAGUGGGCACAGCCUGGCGCGGGCAUCCCAUAAGGCUGUGGUGCAUGAAGAUGUCAUGUGGGUGAUCGGUGGUCACGUGUUCAACUACACAAAGUACCAGAUGGUGAUAGCAUUCAAUCUCUCCUCUCAGAGCUGGAUGUCUCUGAAUCGUUCCACCAACUUUGUUACUGCACGCUAUGGUCAUUCUCUGGCUGUGCACGAGGAUAAGAUUUAUAUGUAUGGUGGGAAGAUUGAUUCCACGGGGAACGUAACAUCUGAGCUGUGGGUGUUUCACACAAAGAAUCAGUCGUGGGAGCUGCUGAACCCGCGAGCUAAAGAGCAGUAUGCAGUGGUGGGUCACUCUGCUCACAUUGUUCACCUCCAGCCUGAUGGAUUAGAGCCAGUUAUGCUCGUCAUCUUCGGUCACUGCCCUCUCUAUGGAUACAUCAGCCAAGUGCAGCAGUACAACAUUGAGAAGAACCGGUGGAGUGUUUUGGAGACGAGUGGAGCGCUGGUUCAUGGGGGCUAUGGCCACAGCAGUGUAUAUGAUCCUCAGACGCGUUCUAUCUACAUCCAUGGUGGCUACAAGGCCUUCAACGCCACAAAGUAUGGCCUGGCUGGUGACCUGUACCGCUACGAUGUCGACAGUAGCAUGUGGUCAGUUCUGAGGGACAGUGGGUCUUACCGCUACCUCCACACAGCCGUGCUGGUAGACGGGAACUUGCUAGUGUUUGGCGGAAACACCCACAAUGACACAUCCAUGAGUUAUGGCGCCAAGUGCUUCUCUUCUGACUUCAUGGCCUACAACCUGGCAUGUGAUGAGUGGACUGUUCUGCCCAGACCUGAACUCUACCAUGAUGUCAACCGCUUUGGACAUUCCGCUGUCUACAUCAAUGGGGUGAUGUAUGUGUAUGGAGGAUUUAACAGCCUGAUGCUGAGUGAUAUGUUGAGGUUCACUCCUGCCAGCUGUUCUGCUUACAAUGAGUUUGAGUGUUUGACAGCUGUGCCAGGUGUGCGGUGUUUGUGGAAUUCUACCACCAAUAUAUGCCUUCCCUGGGAGACAGGCAAAACUCAAGACCCAGAGAUGUGCCUUCCCCGAGUGUAUGCAAGCAGUGAUAAGUGUGAUCAGUACACCGACUGCUACAGUUGCACAGUUAACACCAAUGGUUGUCAGUGGUGCUCUGAACGCUGUGUGCCCAUCCAGAACAACUGCACUGCUUCCUUGGGUGCAAUAACAGAGUAUGAAGCGUGUCCUAAGGGUGUCCACUCCUAUAUGUGUAAUAAAAAGACCAGCUGUAAGAGCUGUGCUACGGACCAGAACUGCCAGUGGGAAGCCAGGAACCAGGAAUGCAUCUCUCUGCCUGAGAAUAUCUGUGGGGAAGGCUGGCACCUGGUGGGGAACUCAUGUAUGAAGCUUAUCACGGCUAAGGACUCGUAUGACAAUGCAAAGCUGGCCUGCCGCAGUCACAGCGCCGUGCUGGCCUCACUAACGACCCAAAAAAAAGUGCAAUUUGUCCUCAAAGAGCUGCAGAGUAGAAGUGCACAUGUGAGUGGGGCUCUAAAUCAAUCCAAAUUGGUGACUCCAUGGGUUGGCCUGAGGAAGGUGAAUGUGUCGUACUGGUGCUGGGAGGAUAUGUCCCCAUUCACUAACACCACGCUGCAGUGGUUGCCUGGAGAACCCAGUGAUGCUGGCUUUUGUGGUUACCUGGCUGAGCCCAAUUCCAGCGGCCUUAAGGCAGCACCCUGCAUCAACUCCUUCAAUGGCAGCCUAUGUGAAAGAUCAGCCAACCACAGCGUGAAGCAGUGUCGAAUUCCCUGUGCUCUGCGCUCCUCCUGUAGCGAGUGUACGAGUGGAGGUGCGGAGUGCAUGUGGUGCAGUAAUAUGAGGCAGUGUGUCGACUCCAACGCUUAUGUGGCCUCCUUCCCCUUUGGUCAAUGCAUGGAAUGGUACACUAUGAACAGCUGCCCACCGGAAAAUUGCUCUGGCUAUAGGACGUGUUCGCAGUGUCUGGAGCAACCUGGUUGUGGUUGGUGCACUGAUCCCAGUAAUACAGGGCGGGGACAGUGCAUGGAGGGCUCAUACCGAGGACCAAUCCAAACCCUCCUACAUGCCCCCUCAUCCUCAAGACCCUCCCUCGUACCAGCUCCUCAAGCGUUGUUGAAUGUGAGCUGGUGUCCGCACGAGAACAAGUAUAACUGGUCCUUUAUCCAGUGUCCAGCAUGCCAGUGUAAUGGCCACAGUGCAUGCGUCAAUGAGAGUGUGUGUGAGAAAUGUGAAGAUCUCACCACUGGCAAGCACUGUGAGAGCUGCAUAUCCGGUUACUAUGGUGACCCCACCAAUGGGGGUAGCUGUCAGCCCUGUAAGUGUAAUGGCCAUGCCAGCAUGUGUAAUUCAAACAAUGGCAAGUGUUUCUGCACUACCAAGGGCAUCAAAGGAGACCGCUGCCAUCAGUGUGAAGUGGAGAAUCGUUACCAGGGCAACCCUCUAAAAGGAACCUGUUACUACACUUUGCUGAUAGACUACCAGUUCACCUUCAGCCUGACUCAGGAGGAUGACCGCUACUACACUGCCAUUAAUUUUGUAGCCACACCAGAUGAGCAAAAUCGAGACCUGGACAUGAUCAUUAAUGCCUCCAAAAACUUUAACCUCAACAUCACCUGGGCAACCAGCUUUGCAGCUGGUACUCAGUCUGGAGAAGAGAUUCAUAUUGUCUCCUGCAGCAAUAUUAAAGAGUUCAAGGACAGCUUCUCCAAUGAAAAAUUUGACUUUCGGAGCAAUGUUAAUAUCACCUUCUUUGUUUACGUCAGCAACUUCACCUGGCCAAUCAAAAUACAGAUUGCUUUUUCCCAGCACAGUAACUUCAUGGAUCUGGUACAGUUCUUUGUCACAUUUUUCAGCUGUUUCCUGUCUCUUCUGCUGGUGGCAGCAGUUGUGUGGAAGAUCAAGCAGAGUUGCUGGGCAUCACGACGACGAGAGCAACUCCUGCGAGAGAUGCAGCAGAUGGCCAGUCGGCCGUUCGCCACCAUCAAUGUUGCCUUGGAGACGGACGAGGAGCCGCCUGACCUGAUUGGUGGAAAUGUGAAGGCAGUGCCAAAGCCCAUAGCUUUGGAACCAUGUUUUGGGAAUAAAGCAGCAGUGCUGUCCAUCUUUAUCAGAUUACCCAGAGGUCCCGGAGGCAUCCCAACUCCAGGACAGUCAGGCCUGGCAGUAGCAAGUGCCCUGGUGGAUGUGUCUCAGCAGUUGUGUGUGGGCUAUAAGGAGAAAUCUGGAGGGCUGCGCAACCGUAAGCAGCAGCCAAUAGCACAGCCAGCUACGUGCAUCUGACCUUUACCUUUCACCCCCAAUUCCUUUGAGCUUUGACCUCCGCCACGGACUAAGCCACGGACACACGCAACCCACAUGGCGGAGGUCACAUACUCAGAGGUGGAGUAAGGAUGCAGUCUGAUUGGAGAACUGAGACUCCUAGCCUAUGAAAUGUGCACACAGGAAGAAUGAAAGCCUAAGAAGGCGAGGAAGAGAUGCACAGACCUGGAGAGACUGAGAUGGAGGGAACCCUUUCUCACCUCUAACUGACUGACUGCAGAUAGGACUUGUGACUCAUAUCUGCUAUGUGAUAUUUAACUUAUUAAUGUUGUUCCAGUUUUAGUCCCUUUUAUGCUCAGGAGGAGGUUCCCCUGCACUGCUGCACCAUGGUCUCCAUGGCAACAUACACUCAGACCACCCAUAGCUAGCUAUUAUACAUACACCUACCCAUUUGCCAAAACAAACACAAAUAUUGGUCAUUCAUGAGGCAGAUUAUGUGUGUCUGUGUCCCUUAAAUCAUGGCUCUACAUGCAGUAGAAUCUCUGUGCUGUUCUGGUUUUUAGAAGGUGUGUGUUUUCAUGUGUGAGAGUGAAGUGGAUAAUUUUCACAGUGAAACUACAUCAUGCCAUUUCUCUAUUUGUGAAAAUCAGCCAAUUUAUUCUCUUCUUUUCACUUCAGUCACUUUCAGUGGUCUCUGACACACAUCAUUGCUCUGUUUCCUGCUCAGGAGCAUUUUAUCAGUGCCCCCCCCCCCCCCCCCCCCCCCCCCCCCUUCUCUCAGACUGAUUUCUUCUCUUUUUGCCACCCCCAGCCCCACAUUCCGUAUCCCCUUUGAGACCCCAUGCCAUUUCUUAGACUCAUUUUAGCUUCUGACUGGAACAGAACCUGAGGGAGCUGAGAGAGUGUAAAUGCAAAGGCCUCAGGAUUAAAUCUAAACAUCAGCUUUAAGUUUUUCAAAAUGCCAGAUGCCAUUUUAGACACACACACACACACACACAUAGAAACACACACACACACACUCUUGGUGGUAGAGUACUUGGAAUUACAUUUAUAAUGUAUGUGUAUGCGUGAGUGUUGGAUUUUGUGAUUAUUAGGGCUAAAGAGAAGGUUUUAGUGUAGGCAAAAUGGCUGAUGAGAAAUACGCAAAUAUGACAUUAUAAAAUGUAUAGCAAUGGGAAUCAUCCAGCUUUUUGUUAGAUGUUUUUUAUGUUCAUAUUUGGUCCAAUUAUUUUAAAAUGAAUUUUUAGAGAUGUCUUAUUCACAGUUCAUUCCAUUUAGAUUCUCUUUAGUCUCUUUUAGUUUGGAGGAAAAUCUCAAUUCAGUGAGCUUUCUACUCUUCAUGACCCGAGUUUACAAACAUCCCAGUUUAUUGAGAAGUUUAUUUUUUCAUAUAGAUUUGAAUUCCAUCUAACCUCAUAUUUUUUUCCGCUAGGGUAUGUUCAGAUGCAGGCGUGUUUUGUGUCUUUUGCACUUCAUUACAGCCUAAUGAAGUAAGGUGCAGAAAGCAGUUAUUUCUCUCUUGUUUGCUCUACGCAAGUGUCAUUUCAGUUAUUACUCAGUGUAUUACACCGUCAUGCAAUCUGUAUAUAACGAGUUGUGACGAGGCUGCUGAAUGGAACUGAGAUUGGUUUUAUGUGUCUCCGAUUGCCUACUUGUCAAUUCCCUUGCAAUGGCUGAGCCAUGAUUGACACGACACAAGUUUUUCAAAAACAUUAUGGUCGAUCAGUCCGCUGCAACCAAACAAGACCUUCCACAGCUAAAUCACAGAGAACUGAGAACUGCUGCGAUUGUGAUGGGGAAACUGCCUUUCAUGUUGAUGGAUUAAAUGUUAAGAUCCAUCAAAAUGAGGAAGUAGCACCAGUAGCUUGGGAGCUAUUGAGAACUGGAGUGUCCACUUCAAUAACCCUGCUCAGUGGAAAGUGAGAUGGAAGCUCAUUUCUGCAGGUUUAGGCAGCAUAUAAGUUGUAAGAAACAAGGUAUGACAAGCAGUCUCACUCACUUUUACACACAUAGUAUAGAACACAGACCUGAAAGGAGCUAGUCUUUUGAUGUGAGAGCCAAUUAACAGAUUAUUUCAGGUCUCAAAGAGAUCUUUAUCCAGUCCUACGCCUCAAUCCCACCACCUGCUUUCUGUACAGUAAUCACUGUAGAUAUCAGGAUCUAUAGUUUAAUGUGUAUUAUGUAGCAGCAGAUGCACUUUUUAAUUUAAUUUAAUUUUUAUUGGGGGGGGGACAUAAUGUUGAACAUUAAUGUGAAUGCCAUUUCUGUUGAAUGACUUGCUUGGCAGGUAGAGUAUCCCCAGCUUUUAAUGUGGGGGCUCACUGCAGCUUCUUUUUGUAUGUAAGAUAACGAAUGUCAUCAUGAACAAACCUUAAAUUAAGCACAAAUAUGAUGUGUAAAAAAAAAAAAAAAAAAAAAAUUCCAGUAAAACAAAUCUUGGGAAUUAUAACUGAAGUUGUAAUUAUUCAUGUACAUAAAGAAAGACAAUUUUUGUCUAUAAUAAAUGCUUAAAUUAA